AUGGAACCCUCUUUAACGCCCAUGCAGGUCGAUGGAGCCAAUCUGGCAACCCCAAAAGCUCGUCUCCAAUCAGCCAUCAUUAUCAUCGCCUCGACCACCCUCGUCUUUACAGGAUGCGGAAUUAACUUCGCAUUCGGCGUCUUCCAAGAGCUCUACGACUCCAUGUCAAAGGGACGGAACACCCCAUUCACCGGCGCAACACCAGCGCAAAUUGACCUGAUCGGCACCCUCUCCAUCGCGCUGAUGACAAUAGGCGCUCCAUUCGCAACAGCGUGGACAAAGCAAUAUCCCCUCGAUAUCGGAAUAAUCCAUUCAAGCGCUCUGCUUUUCGCAAGCUUCAGUCAACACCUGUGGCAAUUCAUCCUUACCCAAGGCAUUCUGCUCGGUAUGGCCACAUGCCUAACUUAUAUGCCAUCUGUUACCGUGGCACCGACCUGGUUCACACUACAUCGCGGACUAGCGAUGGGCAUAAUUCUCGCAGGAACCGGAAUAGGCGGUGUUGCGUGGCCACUCGCUUUUCGAUACCUCAUUGAGUCCGUGGGGUUCCGAACCACACUCCGCGUCACAGCGGGGAUCUCAUUCGCCCUCAUUUGCGGCUCGGGAACAUUCAUACGCUGGCCUGCUAGUCAGACCACACGUAUUCAAGCUGAGAACGCUGCUUCUUCCCGUUCGUCGACUUUUUUCCGCCUUCCGUUGGUCGACUGGCGCGUGGUUCGAACCCGCAAAUUCGUCGCUCAUGCUCUGGGUGCAGCAUUGCAGUCUGCUGCAUACUACACACCUGUGUUCUUUUUCGCAUCUUUUGCCCGUACACUAGGCUACUCACAGGCAACAUCAGCGAACUUCAUUGCCAUCUCGAACGCUGCAAAUGCGCUUGGCAAGGUGGUCAUCGGUCACGCAGCUGACCGUAUGGGAAGACUAAACACCCUGGUAUUGACAACGCUCAUCUCAGCCGUUUCUGUUCUUGCAUUGUGGCUUCCGUCAUGUCUAUCCGCCACACAAUCUACCGGAAGUACAUUGUUCAUCGCAUUCACAAUACUCUAUGGCAUCUUUGCAUCGGCGUACGUUGCUCUGUUCCCGACUAGCCUGGUUGAGUUGUUCGGUGUGCAGAACUUUGUCAGUGUCAAUGGCUUGCUGUAUAUGGUAAGAGGCUUUGCCACAUUGGUUGGCACCCCAGUUGCGGGUGCGCUGAUCCGCGGAAGCCACGAGAAGACUGUCGGUCCGCGAAAUUAUGAGAAUACCAGCAUUAUGGUCGGCGUCUUGCUGGUUGUGGCGACGUUGGCUGUGGUGUGGGCACGACUUGAGGCUACCCUUAAUCUCGAUUCUGCAGCGGGGCGUAAAAUGAAGUGGUUGAUGUAA